AUAGAUAAGAAGAGUAUGGUAUGACAGAGCUCCGAGGACCAGAAGGUACCAUACUCAUUAGGAAUCCAGGAUGGGAUGAUGGAAUCAAAGCCCCAACUGUAAUAAUCGACUUGGUGGAGCAGCCACCAGAGAGCAGGAGGUCCCUAGAGCUGCUUUAGUAACACAGACAGGAUCCUCCAGGUAUCCGGCAGACGGCGACCCAGGAUUGGGCAGUUUGGUGAAGGGCGGGUCGUUGAGGAGGCGGGACUUCCGGCCGCACCUCGGCUGUUGCCAGGGGAGACAGGCGCAGCGAGCCGGAAGGUGCUGAGGCCCAGCGCGGGAACGCUGGCCACUAUGGCGCCCUCUGCGGCCCCGGGAGCUCCGGCCCCUUCGGGGUUCGGGCAUCGGAGCUGGUGCUUGUGUCUCGAGAUGCCAUCCGCCACCUUCUUCACGGCGCUGGUCUCGCUGCUCGUCUCCGGACCCCGUCUGUUCUUGCUGCAGUCCCCUCGGGAGCCCUCGGACCUGUCGCUGCAGUCCGAGGCUGUGCGCCACUGGCAAGUUCACAGGCUGGUGACCUACAUCUUUGUCUAUGAGAACCCGGUCUCCCUGCUCUGCGGUGCAGUCAUCAUCUGGCGCUUUGGCGGCAGUUUUGAGAAAUCUGUGGGAACCGUCCGCCAUUGCUUCUUCACCUUGAUCUUCACCGUCUCCUCCGCUGUCGUCUUCCUGUCACUCGAGGCUGUGUCAUCGCUGUCAAAGCUGGGGGAGGUGGAAGAUGCCAGAGGUUUCACCCCGGUAGCUUUCGCCAUGCUGGGAGUCAGUACUGUCCGCACCCGCAUGCGGCGGGCCCUGGUGUUCGGCGUGGUCGUGCCCUCUGUCCUGGUGCCGUGGCUCCUGCUGGGCGCCUCUUGGCUCCUUCCUCAGACUUCUUUCCUGAGCAACCUGUGUGGCCUUUUGAUUGGACUAUUAUAUGGCCUCACGCACUGCUGUAACCUCGACGUCCCGGAGCGAGUGGCUCGGAAGCUCGACCAGACGCUCCCCUUCAGCCUCAUGAGGAGGAUACCCAUGUUCAAGUAUGUCUCAGGGUCCUCAGCUGAGCGCAGGGCAGCCCAGAGCCACAAGCUGAACCCUGUGCUCGGCUCCUACCCCACACAGAGCCACCCCAUUACCCAGAUGCAGCACACCAGUGGCCAGCAGCCAGCUCCUUGGCCAACCUGCGCUCCCGGGCACAUACCCAGCCUGCCUCCCUACCAGCUUUCCUCUGGCCCAUGUCACAUGCAAAGCUGCCAUGAUCUAGCACCUGGCUGUUCCAGUGUCUACCCAGUUCCCUCAGGGACCUUACAGAUGAACCCUUCCGCCACCCACAUCAGCUGCCCAGGCUCAUUGAACUCUUCAGCUUGGGGCCCUCUAGCACCUGCCGGCUCCCAGGAGGCCUGUACUGUCCUGAUGCCCUGAGGGAAUCUCUAGGGACUAGGGAUGUGGGCUCACAGCUCAGCCUUCUGAGCUGAUUUUCUUGACAAAAAAUUAGUGAAUACCUCUGUGUGCCAGGCUGUGUUGAAUGCUUGGAUAAAUGUCCCUGUUCCAAUUCA